GCCUCUAUCGAAGGCACAAUGUUACCGCGUUUGACAGUUUGACGUCUAGUUUGGCGGGAACACAAUUACGUGUUUUAGAAAUUUGAACAGGCAAAUGUUCGCGACCCAUGCAGCCUAGCUAACAGGACCAGUGCAAAAGUUCGUUUUAAGUUUCAAGUGAUGACAGCAGCGUGAAAUUUGAUGAUUUUUCAGUUGUUGCUCCGGCAAUAACUUGGAUUUGUUUUUGUAGUAGUAAUUUCGGCCGUCACAAUAGAAGAGUACGGAGUGUACACGAUGCUGCCGACGCAGCAGCUGCCGCCGAUCACGCCGUGGCCGCCCGACGCCAUGCUGGACCGCAUGGACGACCUCGCGCACAAAGGUCACAGCGGGGUUAACCAGCUGGGAGGGGUGUUUGUAGGGGGCCGCCCGCUGCCGGACUCCACCAGGCAGAAGAUCGUGGAGCUGGCGCACUCCGGCGCGCGCCCGUGCGACAUCAGCCGCAUCCUGCAGGUCUCCAACGGAUGCGUGAGCAAGAUCCUCGGCAGGUACUACGAGACGGGGUCGAUCCGGCCGCGCGCGAUCGGCGGCUCCAAGCCGCGCGUGGCGACCGCGGAGGUGGUCUCCAAGAUCGCCCAGUACAAGCGAGAAUGCCCCUCCAUCUUCGCAUGGGAGAUACGCGACCGGCUGCUGAGUGAGGGAGUCUGUACUGCUGAUAAUAUACCUAGUGUAUCAUCCAUCAACCGCGUGCUGCGCAACCUGGCUGCACAGAAGGAGAAGACCAGCAGCCAGCCCCCGCCAGCUGACUGCUCCACGCCCGGGGUCUACGAGAGGCUACGACUAUUAGGAGCGCCAGGCGCAGCCCCCGCGUGGCGGCCGCCGUGGCCGGGGCAGCUGGACGCGCGCCCCCCCUACCAGCUGCACAGCCUCAGCCCCGGGCCACAGCUGUGUAAUGGAGACAUGACGCAUAUGAAGAAAGGCGAGGAGCCCCUGGAAGGCCUUGAAGGCCUGCAGUCCGACGAGACCGGGUCCGGAGACAACUCCAACGCAGGCUCGAGUGGAGCUGAUGAUGACGCCGCCAGGCUGCGGCUUAAGAGGAAGCUGCAGCGGAAUCGGACUAGCUUCACUAAUGAACAGAUUGAUAGCUUGGAGAGAGAAUUCGAAAGAACUCACUAUCCGGACGUGUUCGCUCGCGAGCGACUGGCGGCCAAGAUCGGACUACCAGAGGCCAGAAUACAGGUGUGGUUCUCGAAUCGGCGCGCCAAGUGGCGGCGAGAGGAGAAGAUCCGCAGCCAGCGGCGGAGCCCCGAGCUGGCUCCCUACGCGCCGCCCGCGCCCGCGCACCAGCCGUAUCAGCCGCAGGUCAAUGUGGACGCUUAUAGCCCACUAACCCCCAUGGGCUACGGCGGCGGCAUGGGUGUAGCAGAGACCCCGGCUAUCUGCGACAACGCCGAGUCAGACCUCUGCAAGGGCGGGUUCCUGGGCUACCCUCGCUACGAGCUGGGGUACCGGCAGCCGCACCACCACUACAAUAUCAACCACCAUGGCUACCAACAUGAGACUGGCUCGCCGGCGCCUGAACUAAGCGGUCUGAUCGGCGCGGGGGUGUCGGUCCCGCUGGCGGUGCCGGGCCAGGAGUCCCAGCAGUACUGGUCGCGCCUGCAGUGACCUUGGUGGACCUAAGCUCGCUUCUACUCUUCAGUGUACCUCGUUUCAGCCAAGAUCUUCGCUAUAACAGCUCCAAAUUACGCAGAAAUAUUAUUGCUAAUUCUGUGUUUAUUAAUAACAUUUCAUUGGAUAUGCGACUCAUACAAUAGUUAAGUCGAUACUUAUGUAAAUGAUCUGACAGAACCCUUAUUACAUUCGAAUAAGAAGGGUAGUUUUUGUUUGUAUCUGAUGCCUUUCCCCGUGGAAUGGAUUAUAGACAAAAUCGUUAGAAUUUAAACAAAGGAUCUCUUUAAACCGUAAAACUCAAAAGGACACAGGAAGCAUCUCUAGCUGAAACGAGGUAUAGAUAAGUUACACAUCAUUUUAUUAGAACUUCAUUCAAACAUGUUGACCGCAAAGGUUCACGCUACCAAUUCUUAGGUAUAUGUUAUGCAGAUUCGCUUUGGUUUUUCUCUGAUGCAAAAUGAAAUUUACCUACUUAGUUGGGUAGUUGUUGGAGGAAACUCAAUAGGUACUUACACAUAGUAUCCAGGGUGUAAAUAAUACUCCUGACAAUUUUAUAUGAGCUACUGGUCAAAUUAAAACUUUUUCGAUCUAUCAUAAAAGGUUCUGAAGAUAUUUCAGUCAUGAGCAUAUUAUGUAUGUACUUACUUAUGUAUUUUUCAGGAGCAUACGUCCUAAAUCCUGUAGGUAAAUUGUGUUGUGCCCCUACCUUAUACUAUAGCUAGUACCUACCUAUAGGUGCUCAACUUUGUGUGAACUACCAUAAUAGUUAUAUCUUAUUAUUAUAAAUUAUUGUUUGUCUCAAAGAAUCAACAUAUCUAUUAGAUACCACAAACUGAAAUCAUAGAAGAGCACAAAAGUUAGGCUCAAAUUUUAUUUUUCAAACCUAUUUUGGGUAUCAUGAUAUUUGUUUUAAUAUAAAUUGAUUGUACAAAAUAUUACUUAUACUUUAUGCAGUCUUUUGUGAUGAAUUUGAGUGGGCGAAAGGCGUUUCAUCAGUAGAUAGUUAGACAUAAGAACUUAUAAUAAUGUACUUACUUCUAGAUAGAAUAAGAAUUUAUUAAAAUUUGUGUAUGAUGUACUUGUACCUCAUACCUAUUAUGUAUGUACAGUAAGUAUUGAAUUUAUAUUUUUGGUCAGAACUGAUUCGGAGAAUCAGUCACAGGUUAUCCGAAUUUGUAUGAAAUUAUUUAUUUAGCACAAUAGCUAAAGCAAUUCGACAUGAGUCCUGAAGAACUUGUAUGUUUACUAUAUAUACUACAAUGUAUGUAUGUAGUAAGUACAUAAAUGAUAAUAAUAUUAAGAUUUUAUUGUGAAUUUUUUUAUGGCGUAAAUUGCGGAACUAACUAAACUCACAAUCUGUAUGUGGAUUUCUCCUUAUGCACAUACCUUGGUAAGUGCUGAUCACAAAACGGAUGUGUUUAAUGUUUAGGUACCUAGUUUUCAUUUUAAUAAAUAGGUACCAAUUGAUUCCCUACAGUACCUACUUAAAAACUAUGUAAAUACUUGUGUAGAUGAAGAAUCUCUACUGUCUGUAAAAAAUCUAUCUCGUAAGUAAACAGGGCAACUAUGUGUAAGAUGUAAAUUAUUACCACCUUUGGGUAACUAAAUUGUAAAUGUUAAGUAAUUUUUAUAUACUUACCUACUUAGGUACCUAUAAUUACUAGUGAUGUACCUACCCUACUUUUGAAUGUCUCAUCUCAAUUUUAUGUAACUGAAAUCGUUCCAAAUGUUAAUGUAAAUAUGUUUUUCUAAUUUUAGAAGAUGUGAUUCAUUUUCCACUGUGCUACAAACGCACAAACAUAAGUUAUAUAAAAUCUGCUAGCCCGUGGAUGGUUAGUGGUAUUCAUUUCGAAUUUAUUAUCUUAUGCUAAGUAGAUAUAAUACCGAUGAAAUGAUUGUGUCAUGUUGGAAGUUUUAAUUACAGUAUAAUAUAAUAAAUGAUUUUUUCGGUACUAA